AUGCCGACCUUCCAACAGCCACUACCGGGACCAAGGAAGCCCCCGGGACCAAGGAAGCCCCCGGGACCAAGGAAGCCCCCAGCAGUCAUUCCAGACUGGCUGGUAAACCCUGAUGAAAUGCUGCCGCUAGAUGAAGAACGGGUCACGAGAUUAAAGGCCUAUCUGGGUGAAGAUGGCCCUGAUCUAUCAGCAAAUAAUGCGGAAAGCACAGAUGAUGCCGAGACUAAAGAUCCAGCUCCUGCGGGCAGCACCCAAGAAGUGGCCGCCAAGGUUCAGUACCUGUACGGCGAUGAUUUGGGCCACGGGCGUGUGAACUGGAGACCAAUACCCACGCAUCGAAACUAUCCUCCCAAGUUCGACUUGAUCAACAAGGACUCUGGAUAUGUCGUGCGUAGGACCUCACAGGGCGUCGAUUAUCCUUGGGAGAUGCACUCCGUCAUUGUUCGAAGCCCUCAUAUCAUGAAACUCCUUCGAGAAAUCCUAUCAGACUACCCCGGGGUCUCACCUGAGGUCGACCACUUGACAUUAGACAAGCCGUUCAAGCCAAUGCUUCACCAUUGGGAUGAUUUUUGCCAGGCUAUCGAGCGGUCCGAUGACUUUACCAAGCAGCAUGUUGAAGGGUUUGUGAUAUUCCUCAAGGAGGAACUUGCGCCCUACUUUGAAGCUUUGAAGAAUGCAGAUGCGCAUGGCAUUAUCGAGCACCAAAACCUGUGGACAAUCUUCGCCCCUCACCAACUUGUUUGGACGGACCUCAAGCACCACCACUCAAUCGGCCCUCAGGAAGCAUGGGAAGCGGUCUCAGGCCGCGUUGUUCUAGAUGCUGCCCUAUGGCGUGGAAAGGUGAAAAAUCGCGGUGAUUCUCCAAAUGCUGACUCUCUGCCAAAGACCGAACGAGAAAUUCUUAUAUGUAGCCCGUUGAUCAAGGGUUACUCCUUGACCUCAAAGAAGUGGUAUAAAUUGUUUGUGGACAAUGUAUCAGAUAUCAUCUGGGAUAACUCAUUCUCUGGGCUGGUACUUAACAACACUGAAAAGGAUCUUCUCCUUGGGUUUGCACACACAAAGCUGUCCAUGACCACCGACUUCGACGAUCUAGGCGUCAUCAUCCUUCUUUCUGGCCCGCCUGGGGUUGGAAAAACAAUGACGGUUGAAUCAAUCGCAAACAUGAUGCAUGUUCCGCUCUAUCCACUGAGCGCAGGCGAACUUGGAAGCGACGCUACAAAGGUCGAAAAUCACCUGCGGCAAGCUCUCGUUUAUUGCAAAGAGUGGAAUGCAGUGCUGCUUUUGGAUGAAUCAGAUGUCUUCCUUCAAAAACGAAGUGCUACAGAUUUACAGAGAAAUGAACUUGUGUCUAUCUUUCUUCGCCUGUUGGAAUACUAUGAUGGCAUGAUGUUUUUGACUACCAACAGGAUCAAAACUAUGGAUCCUGCUUUCCAAUCUAGAAUCGACUUGACAAUUCACUAUCCAGACUUCGAGGCUGCGGUCAAGGACGCCAUCACUGUGAAGUCCUGUCUUCCUAUCAUCCGCCAAGCGUACCUGGAAUGCAAUGAGGGUGGCAUCUCUACAGGACCACGGCUCGUGAUGGCCGUCACUGAUUCCGGCGACCAAGGCCAGUGGCUUACAGGAAAGUAUCCAGCCAAAGGCUUUUUCGGCUCCAAGUUCUCCUCCAACUUUUCGGCAAACCUCAACAAGGGCCUGCCAGCCACGAUCUCGACCAUCAGUCUCUACUCAGACCAGACAGGCCAGCUUGAGGCCGUGGUCGAGGCCAAUGCUCUCACGGCCAUCAAAACAGCAGGCAGUGCUGCCGUUGCGACUGAGCUCUUGUCGAGAAACGAUUCCUCACGCCUUGCGAUCAUUGGCUCGGGCGUGCAAGCUUUCGACCAGGUCCUUGCCAUCUGCGCAAUUCGCGUUAUCCGCGAAGUCAGCGUUUACGAUUUGGACCCCGCGAGGGCUGAGAAGUUUAUUGGCUUUCUCAAAGAAGUGGAUGGAUUCUCUGCCGAAACCAAGGUCGCGCAAUCCGCUGAGGCAGCCGUCUCAGAGGCAGACAUUGUGUGCACUUGCACUACGUCUAGGAAGCCCGUGUUCAAGGGCAGUGCGCUCAGGCCAGGUACUCACGUCAACGCUAUUGGCUCAUAUUCCCCGGAAAUGCAAGAGAUUGACUUUGAUACGGUUACAAGAGCUAGCUGCAUCUUCACAGAGCACGUGGAUGGUUUAUGGGCCGCGGCUGGCGACAUUCUACAGCCCUUCAACAAGGGUCUGAUAGAAAAGGGCAAAGUCAAGGGCUCACUCGGAGACUUGCUUUCCGGCUCAGUCUCUGGGCGGAAAUCACAAGAUGAGAUUACUUUGUAUGAGAGCGUUGGGUCUGCGGUUCUGGACUUGGCUCUGGCUGUAGAGGCCUAUCAUUCUGUUUCUAAUGCUACGAAAUCCAACAUUUAG